AUGAUGAAUCAAUCAAAACCUGCGAAGAGCAUCAAGUCAAAACUACAGAAAAAAACAACAGCGACAGUUGUCUCGCUCUAUUCGAGCGGCAAGUUUACAGGGAUCGGUUCGUGCAACCAAAAAACUCGACGUAAGGAUCUCAACGUAACGGAUCAAAUCAUGAUUGAUUAUCUGGGUUUUGCUUAUGCGGCGGUUGUUGCCGUAGGAGGUGUGAUGGGAUACAUAAAAGCCGGCAGCGUAAUGUCUCUGGGAGCAGGAGUAACAUUUGGCUCGUUGGCAGCACUGGGUGCUUACCAAAUGAGCGCGGAUCCUGCUCGUUAUCAGUCUCUGUUAGUGGUAUCUUGCAUUCUUGCUGCAUUAAUGGGCUAUCGCUACACAAAUUCUGGCAAAUUUAUGCCAGCCGGUCUAGUAGCUUCUCUUUCAAUUGCUACAGCGGUUCGAAUUAUCCUCACCAAAGUCUUAUUUGUUGGUGGGCUAAACCAUUAGCGCAAUUGCUAUCAGUUCUCGCCAGCUAAAGUUAUCUUAAUAUUUUUCUACCUGAGAAACUGCAUGCAUCUUGCUUUGGCGGUUAGCGCUUGCUGCAAUUUGUAUAAUAACGGCCCAUAGAUGUAAGAAAAGGUUACAUCACUUUUUCUCAUGAUAUCAUAUCAACAUUCUGUCAAGUUUCUUAAUUGUUGGCAUCAUUUUAGUUCAAUAAAUUCAAAAUGCACUAUUACAAACUAAUAAGAGUAACCAACAAAAUGCGCA